AUAGCUAAAGCAACUUGACUUUCACCCGGUCAUCUUUUGAUUCUUCUGCUCAGUGGAUUUUUCAAAAGAUUGUUUUAUUCAAUCACAUUCAUAUCGUGGCUUAUUUCUAUUACACAUAACGAGAAGGUUUAAUAAGGUGUCCUAUGUCUUAACGCCGUGCUCCCCUGUCCUGUCCACCAGCAAAAUCCAGUAUGGAUGAGGAAUCCCUGGAGGCUGCUAUUGCCACCUACACUGGGCAGCUGCAGCAGGUAGAAGCGGCACUCCAGGCUGGCUUGGACCCCUCGCAGCAUCUUGAUCUACUCAAACUAAAGGAGGACUUGAGUCAACUCAUAGAACUUACAGAAUCCAGCCUUGUGUCCGUCAAAAAGAGCAAUCUAUUGGCCAGUUUAGAGGACACUGAUACACCACAGCCAAACUCACAAUCUGAGGAGAGCACAUCCUUUGAUGCUGAGUUUGCUGCAUUCUAUUCAGAAGUAGGAGAGACUUCAAGUAAUAAUAAUAAUGGAGAUAAUAAUGAGGGAUAUGAUGAGGAAGAAGAAGAGGAUCUGAGUGGUACAAAAGUAAGAGCUCCAUACAGGACGAGCUGGGGCACUCUGGAGUACCACAAUGCAAUGGUUGUGGGAGCAGAACCGCCUGAGGGAGAGGAGCCCUGUGUCAGAGUAUUCUACAUUUACCCCACACAGAAAUCUAUGAAACCCUGCCCAUUUUAUCUGGAGGAUAAGUGCCGAUUUCCAGACAAUUGCAGGUUUUCGCAUGGGCAUGUCGUGCUGGUGUCAGAGCUCAGGGACUUUGUGGAGAGUAACUUGAGUAAACUGGAAGAAGGCUCAUCUUGUUUGGCUCGGCAUGAAGAUGGCAUUUGGUACCCAGCCAAAAUCACAGAUAUCGAUAAUGGUUUCUACACUGUGAAGUUUGACUCUCUACUGCUGAAAGAUGCUGUGGUUGAGGCAGAUGGUCUUAUCCCCCCAAUGAGAGAGGAUGACCCUGUGACCUCUGAAUCUGAGGAUGAUGAUGAUGAGGAUGAUACAGCAUAUGCAAAAGUCCUGGAUUCUGCUGCAGACUCAACAGCGUUACUGAGCAGUUCUGAGUUUGCUGGCUGGGAGGCACACACCAAAGGCAUCGGCUCCAAACUCAUGCUCAAAAUGGGAUAUGAAUAUGGAAAAGGUUUGGGUAAGACACAAGAAGGCAGAGUGGAACCUGUCAUGGCCAUGGUCCUGCCCAAAGGCAAGUCUCUGGACAUGUGUGUGGAGCUGACGCAGAGACGAAGGCAGAGCAGGGCAGCUAAAGACGGCACGCUGAAGGGAAAGCCCAAGAAACGCAGGAAAUCCCGAGUCAACACUGGGGGGCGCCAAACUGUCUUCGACUUCCUCAAUCACAAACUGGGAGGGAAGAAUGCCCAUGCCACUAUAGCAGGAGAGGAAAACACACUGAGCGGAGUGGAGGCCUAUCGGGGCAACAGCAGCACCAAAAGGAGUCUGAACGUGCGACUGUUCCAGGCCUCAGAGAGAGUGGCUCAGACUGAGAGAGAGAUCAUGAAGAUCAGUGAGACUCUCAGCAGGCAAACAGGAAGGGAUGCUUCCAGAGUCAAACAGCUCGAGGAGAAGCUGACAGCAGCCCGCCGAGUCCUGGCCCAGCAAAAGGCCCAGGAGCAGUCCAUCCAGAAGGAGCACAAGAAGGCAGAUACGCACAAGAAAAUGACAGAGUUUUAAGCCACUGUUCUAGGCAUUUUAAGACACUGCUCAAACAUGAACUGAUUAAGAGCACCCUCUGCCAAUUAUUAUCUUUUGUUAUGGAUUUGACACUGGAGGUCAAAGAGAGCUUGACUCCUGUCUUAUAUUUUUCAAAGACUCUCCUUCAACUUGUUUUUUUUAUGUGUACUAUUAACAAAAUUAUAUUGAUAUGCUUUGUUUCACUUCUAAAUAUUGGUUAAUGAGUACAGCCUUUGUCUUUCUUAGCAUUUUUUUUAUUAUUAAGAUUCUUUACUCAUCUCACAGUACAGACAUUCAGUUGUUAAGGCAGCUUGUAAUAUGUAAGAAAACAACAGGUACAAGAAAAUACAGCAUUCAAUCACAAUCAAGAUGGGAAUUCAGUAGGAUUAAUAAGAUUAAUCGCCACUAUCAAUUAUAGAAGUAAUCAACUAAUAUAUAUGAAAAUGUUUAUGACAACCCAGUAAUGACAUCUAUAUGAAAUCAUGCAUUUACAGUGUAAAUUGUGUGUUUUAGUUGACCUUAAUCUAUUCCACCCACUUUUGUCUCUAAAUGUUCCAAACCAUGCUUUCUUUGUGGUGGCACAUUUAAAUAGACAAUUUGGAGAAGUUUUGCCAUUAAAAUAUGAUCUAAAGUAG